GUGUUGACUACAGAGGUGUGGGUGGGUUAGUCGAGGAGAGGAAGCCGGUUCAGGUUGUAAGUGGUGUAAACGUAAAUAAUAUGGUUUCUAUAAUACCGCGAGUGUUUAGGGAGUCCCUUCCUGGACUACUACACCUGGGAAGUGGGUUCAGUAGACAGGAUGUUUUACGGACAGCUGCACCUGCUCUGCAGAGAGCGUACCAUGAAGUUACUGGUGAUGAACUUUGUCCCAAUAUGGUGCGUGGUAUAGAUCAUCUGCGAGAUCCGAGGCUAAACAAGGGUUUAGCAUUUACCUUAGCUGAAAGACAGCGCUUAGGAAUUCAUGGGCUGAUGCCUCCUAGAUUCAAAACUCAGGAAGAGCAGUUAGAACUCUGUAAAGUUAGUGUAGAACGAUACCAGGAAGAUCUGAACAAGUACUUGUACCUCAUUGAACUGCAGGAUCGCAAUGAACGGCUCUUCUUCCGGCUUCUGUCAGAAAAUGUGGAGCAGAUGAUGCCUAUUGUUUAUACUCCUACAGUCGGCCUUGCUUGCCAGAAGUUUGGUCUUAUUUACCGGAGAGCACGUGGGCUAUUCGUCACCAUCAAUGAUGCUGGACAUGUCUACAAUGUCAUCAAAAACUGGCCUGAAUCUGAUGUGCGAGCCAUUGUUGUCACAGAUGGUGAACGUAUACUUGGCCUGGGUGAUCUAGGUGCCUGUGGCAUGGGAAUUCCUGUUGGAAAACUUGCACUGUACACUGCUCUUGCUGGAAUAAAGCCUCACCAAUGUCUGCCCAUAACAAUUGAUGUAGGAACAAACAAUCAGCAAUUGCUCGAUGACCACCUCUACAUUGGCCUGAGGCAUAAAAGAGUGACUGGCGAACGAUAUGAUGCCCUCAUUGAUGAAUUCAUGCAUGCUGUUGUGAGGCGCUAUGGCCAGAAUGUACUCAUCCAAUUUGAAGACUUCGGAAAUCACAAUGCUUUCCGUUUCUUGGAUAAGUACCGUAAUAAGUACUGUACGUUCAAUGACGACAUCCAGGGCACGGCAAGUGUAGCAGUUGCAGGUUUACUGGCAUCUCGCCGUCUCACCAAUACAAGACUCUCGGAUAAUACAAUUCUCUUCUUGGGGGCUGGAGAGGCAGCAAUUGGCAUUGCAGACCUUUGUGUUCAAGCAAUGCAGACAGAGGGAACCACUCUCCAAGAAGCAAGAGAUAAGAUCUGGAUGGUUGACAUUGAUGGUUUGCUAGCCAAAAACAGACCUGAGGGCAAACUGGAUGGUCACAAGGCAUAUUAUGCUAAGGACCAUGCAGCCACAAAGAGUCUUGCUGCUGUUGUGAAGGAGAUCAAGCCUUCAAUACUAAUUGGUGCAUCAGCUGCUGGAGGAGCCUUCACACCAGAAAUUUUGAAGGAUAUGGCAUCUUUCAAUGAGAGACCUGUUAUAUUUGCUUUGAGCAAUCCAACAAGUAAAGCUGAGUGCACUGCUGAACAAGCAUAUACAAACACAGAGGGCCGCUGCAUUUUUGCCAGUGGUUCUCCGUUCCCACCUGUACAGCUUGAUGGUAAAACUUACUAUCCAGGACAAGGAAACAAUGCCUACAUUUUCCCCGGCAUUGCAUUAGGUGUUAUUGUCACAGGCAUUCAUCAUAUUGAGGAACAGCUGUUUCUUAUUGCUGCACAGACAGUUGCAGACCAUGUGACUGAUGCUGAUCUGGCUAAUGGAAGACUGUAUCCUCCUCUGGGGUGCAUAAGAGAGUGUUCAGUCAACAUUGCCACACGUAUAGCAGAGUAUGCAUACAAGAAAGGUACAGCAUCAGUAUACCCAGAGCCCGAGGACAAGCGAGCAGUAGUUUUGUCUGCUAUGUAUAAUCAUAAUUACGAAGAUGCACUACCUGAUGUAUAUCCAUGGCCUGAACUUCCUGCAUCCAAGAGUGUUACUAUAGAUAAGCCUACAAAAGCAAGGAGCAUAGAGUUGUAGGCCUAAGUAACAGAAAACCCACCAGCAAAGAAAGGGGACAGAUGGUGAAAGAACUAUAUAGGCUUCUCAUCAUCUACUCCAUAAAGAACAAGAUAUCCAUUAAAAGUAUCAGCAUCCAUAUAAAAAUAUAUUAAGUUGGAAGCAAGCAGAGGAACAAGGUGGCUUUAGAAGUGGUUACAGCCUAACAGAUGACUUACAAGUUAUGAACCAAAUUACAGAAAUAUGAAAUGAGUACAGAUUACCACUUACAAUGUAACUUGUAUAUUCUGAGAAAGCUUGUGAUGGCAUUUCAGCCACACCUGAAUAACAGACCUAGCCAUAAUGAAGGAAUACUUGUUAAUGGAAUAUAUGUGAACCACCUUCAUUCUGCUGAUGGCAUUGUUCUGUUUGACUGUAGUGUAGACAAAUGUCAGCAACAAAUGUGUGAUUUUAAAGAACAAGUUUGAAAGUAGAACAGAUAAUUAAUGUUGAGGCCAAAGUAAAGUGUAAACAACAUAUCAAAAAUAAAGUUAUGCAAGUUACAGUGAGGUCAUAGAACCAGCUGACAAAUUUGUGUGUUUCAGACAGUGACAGAACAGACAGUAAAAGGAUUAAACAGAAGAAUAAUAGUAGUCUGAAUUGCCACUUAAUCUGUUUAAAAAGAGCAAGAUGACACGGUGGUAAUUGUGCUGAGAUCCCAUUCAAGAGGAAUGAGCUUCAAAUGCUCACCCACCUAUUGAGAUUUAGCUUUUCUUUACGCAGAUGUGGCAAAUCUGGGACGAUUUUGCUGAAAAAGCCACUGCCAGCUGCUUCCUGCAUCCUUAUGUAAUUGUUCUAAUGACCUCACUGUUGACGGUAUACAGAAACUCUAUACUGCACAUAAGUGAAAUUGCAAUAACAAUUAAAUUUUACUUUGUUGGAAUUUUGUGUGGUGGCUUUUUCUCGAUGUUUUAAACAGAUGAUAGGUAAAUGUGUUAAUGGGGCCUAAUGAAGACAGUUAUUUCAUGCACGAUGAGAAUAUCUCGGCUACCUGUCAUUCAAAGUGUUUUCUUUCACUGGACUACACAGCUGAAAAUAUCAUUCACAGGGAACAUUGGAAUUUAAACAAAAAUAAAUUGUGGAAUUUUCUUAAA